GGGCAGCCUUGCAAAAAACAGCGCCAGUAGGAGUACUGCUGACCAAUUGAUCGGCAAACGCAGCCUAGGAUCACAUUCAUUACCUCACGCGACAGCCACAAAACUCUGAGCCCCGACAGCCCGACAGCUCUCACAGCUCUCACAGCCUAGGAUCACAUUGCGUCCCGCGACAGCCAAAAGACCGACACAGACCACACUGCUCACAAUGGUGCGAGUCGUCCAGCAGAGCGAGAUGCUCUCCAAGAUCCCGCCCUUAGCAAAACUCAUGGACGCCAUGCGCGACGCCUACGAGGAGUUCUCGGCGGGCCACGCCUACGUCGCCGACGUGCAGCACGUCCACGUCGAGCCGCACGACGAGGACGACGAAGGAGGAGGCCACGCGUGCGUCAAGUCCGGCUACAUCAAGGGCAAGGCGUCCUGGGUCGUCAAGGUCGCGGGCGGCUUCCCCGGCAACGCGGCUCUGGGGCUUUCCAACUCUCAAGGAUGCAUGCUCCUCUUCAGCCAGACGACUGGAGAGUUAGAGACCAUCCUCUUGGAUAAUGGUCAUUUGACCGACGUGCGGACGGCAGCCGCGGCGUGUUUAUGCAUCUCGAAGUUCGCGCCGGCAAAAGCGGCGUCGCUAUCCAUCCUCGGGACUGGUGUUGUUGCCAAGCUCGUGGCGGAGUACGCCGUCGACCUGGGUUUUGGAGGUAUUAUUGUCUCGUCGCGCACGUCAGAGAGUGCUGAAAAGUUCGCGGCCUUCGCUAAAUCAAAGGGCUGGGCCAAGGUGUCGAUCGAGUCGUACGCCGCGGCGACGGCGCGCGCCGACGUGAUUGUGUGCUGCACGCCGUCGACGGAGCCGCUCGUGCCUUCCGUAAAAUCCGGGGCGUUGGUGGUCGCCUUGGGUGCGGACGGCCCGGGCAAGCGCGAGCUGGGCCCCGCCGUUCUUAGGGGAGACGUGAAGCUUCUCGUCGACAGUCGCAAGCAGUGCGAGGCCUUCGGCGAGGCAUUUUAUAGACCGGAGGGCCUCCCUACCGAAGAACUCGGCGAGCACAAGUGGGCGGGCGCGCCGCCGCGGGCGACGCCCGAGACCGUGAUCGUCUGCGACCUGACGGGCAUCGCGACGCAGGACGUAGCUAUUGCUUGUGCUGUCCGGGACGCGGUCGUCGCUGAGGACGACGGGGCUAAGUGAAUAUGUAUUGAGAA